UCCGCGACGCGAUGCGCAGGUCCAGCCCCCGACGCCGACUGCGUGUCCAAACGCCGCGCUCGAUUCCGAAACCGACGGCGAGUCCUAGGCGGACAUGGCUCCGCGCUCUUGUGGCUCGCCCCUACUCGCCCUUAUUUAAGCACCCCAUGCACCGCCGCUCCAAGAACACACCACCGCAGCAACAAGAUCGUUCACCUCCGUUCUGCAAAGCAGCAACACACCAAGAACUAACAGCGUAACAGCCAUGGCGGAGAGGGAGGGCGCGGUGGUGAAGAAGGGCCACGAGGAGGGCCUGAAGAUGGCGGUGGCGCUGCUGGAGGAGUUCGGCCUGCCGCUGGGGCUGCUGCCGCUGGAGGACGUGAUCGAGGUCGGGUUCGUGCGCGACACGGGGUACAUGUGGAUCAGCCAGCGCAAGAAGGUGGAGCACCAGUUCAAGAAGAUCAGCAAGCAGGUGAGCUACGACGUGGAGAUCACCGCCUACGUCAAGCCCAAGGGCAUCAAGAAGCUCAAGGGCGUCAAGGCAAAGGAGCUCAUGCUCUGGCCGCCCGUCAACGAGAUGACCGUCGACGACCCGCCCACCGGGAAGAUCCACUUCAAGAGCCUCGCCGGCGUCACCAAGACCUUCCCCGUCGACGCCUUCGCCGCCGGCCAGUAGGCAAAUCUUUGAAUAAUCAUAUAUACUAUAACAUAUAUACCGCAUCUAGUAUAAUCUGCUUUUUUAUUAAGAAGUAUAAUCUGCUUGUGUAUUGGGCACCACGCGUACGAUAGAUGAGCUGCUUAUAGUAUGUACCUGAUGGAUAAUGUCUGAAUUUUUCCUUGAAAUAAGAUGAAAUAAAGCCAAAAAUUCAAAA